CGAACUUCUUCAUUGCCAGUGUCCAUUGGUGGCGGCCUUGUGUGGUCAUUUGGGCGACUUCUGGCGGCGUGGAUGGGUGCGAUGUCUUCCGUGGUCGAUAUGCUUUCGGUCGGUGGCAGGGAUGAGGGCGGGCCAAGGUUGUCCGCUUUGGAGAGGGCUGCAGUGACGUCCGCCGUUGCCGCCGUCAUCAUGCAUUGCGAGACGGAGGUCGAAGGCGAACGACGGUGGGCACGGCUACGCGCUCGAAGAAGGAAGGCGAUGCAGCCGCCGACGUGUGAAGGGUUGGAUAGCGUCGCCAUCAGUGACGCCGUCUUUGAGCCAGACCACAUCGUCGCCUACGCGCUUUACAGAUGGGCGUUUGGCGAGACAUACGAGAGCAACACCUGCAGCUUUGGAAUUGGCAGGGCUUCGGGUUUGGUGGCCAUCCGGGACGUCACAGCUGAGCUGCUUUUGGUGUACAGGGAGAAGGUGGUGUGGCCGACUGGGGUGCGGAAGGUGGUUGUUCUGCGUGCUUUUGGGGACAAGGGUUUCCCGAACUGUCAUGGGUGCAUUGAUUGCACCCAUACCUACAUCGACAAGCCGGCGAACGCGGCUCCAGAAGACUACUACGACCGCAAGAGACGAUUCUCUGUCGUCGCUCAAGUUGUGGUGGAUUUGGACUUGCGCAUCCUCGAUGUGUUCGUGGGUUAUUCGGGGAGCUGCCACGACGUCAGGGUCAUCCAUCUGUCAAGUCUUUGGUCGCGUGCGGCGGCGGGCGAGUUAUUCACAGGGCCUCCUGUAUUGCUGUCGUUCCAAGUGCAGACCAAUGGUUAUCUGAUGGCCGACAAUGGUUACCCGCCGAGCGAAUGGAUGGUUGUCCCCUACGGCAGCACGGCGCAGACUCCGUUCGAGGCCCGUUUCGACAACAAACAGAAGACGGCGAGGGGGGCGGUGGAGAGGGCCUUCGGGAGACUGAAGGAAAUGUGGCGGUUGUUCCUUGGGUCGCACAAGACAAACAUGGAGACCUUGCCGCAACAGUUUGUGGCCCUCUGCAUCUUGCACAACAUCCUAAUCAACGCCGAGAUCCCUUUCGAUGAGACGCCAACGGAGUUCGCCGUCGAGUGGAUCUUGGGAUCCAGCGCCCCCCCAGGCCUUUGUGCAUGGAAACUUGUACGGGGGAAGCGGUCAUGCUGCGUGAAGCGCUGACGGAGCGAAUGAUGCAGCGAUGAGAGAUGUCGGCGGCGUGGAGCGGAAGUAGAUGUAAGCUGCGUACGUGGAAGGGCGUUUGACGGCGGCAUUAGAAGGAAGCGGCAUGCGGAGAGACGAAGGAGACAGUAGAUCGUGUGAUGCCGUCGAAGUUAUCGUCGUCAUUGUGGGACGAAGACCGGAGAACGUCUGUGUAGUCUACUACUCCCCCUCCAGUGUGUCCUCCACAUAGAGAUUGUUGACGAGCGUUUUUUCUUUUGUUUUUCUUUCGAUUCGUGCUUUCACAUUGACGCGUUGAUAGUGCUUUAUCC